AGUUUCAGCAUCUGUGGAACGGCUAGCUGCGAUGUCGACAUAUCAGCAAACCCCGAAUGUGAUCAUCAUAGGUGCGGGGCCCUCUGGCAUUGCUAUGGCCCAUACGUUGAAAUGCAAGCUGAAAUUCUGCGAUUUCCUCGUCUACGAGAAGCUCCCUGAUGUUGGAGGCACAUGGCUGACCAACACAUACCCUGGUUGCGGCUGCGACGUACCCACUCACCUAUACUCGUUCAGCUUCAACUUAAAUCCAAAUUGGUCAAAACAGCUGUGUGACCAACCGGAAAUCCUUGAAUAUAUGAACUCUACCGUGGAUAAAUUCGACCUGAGGAAACAUAUGAACUUUAACGUGGAAUGUAUCAGUGCAUCUUGGAACAAGGGGGCUGGAUAUUGGGAGAUUAGAUUCCGGGACCUCAACAGUGGUAUUGAGUAUACACGGCAUGCCACUAUAUUCAUUUCUGCCGUAGGAGGGAUAUCUUUCCCACGCGAUGUCAAGUUUCAAGGCAUGGAUAAGUUUAAGGGAAAGAUGUUCCAUACAGCAAGAUGGGAUCAUGGCUAUGAUUACACUAACAAGCGUGUUGCAAUCAUUGGCAACGGCUGCAGUGCAGCACAGGUUGUACCUGCCAUUGCAGGAAGAGCAGGCCACGUCAAACAAUACGCAAGGAGUGCGCAAUGGUAUCAUGAACGGCCAAAUCGGACAUUUACUGGGUUUGAAAAAUGGCUCUUUAAGUAUAUCCCUUUUUGGCAGCGAUAUCAUCGGCUCCAGCUAUUCCUUGAGAAUGACGACUUGGUUACGACCUACAUGCCAGGAGAGGGAGCGGCAGUGAAAAGAGAGCAGGUUGAGAAUGCUGCAAAGCGUUAUAUCUAUUCUCAGACGCCUAACAAAUAUCACCAUGUUAUUGUCCCAGAAUUCCCUCUUGGUUGCAAGCGUCGUAUCUUCGAUCCAGACUACCUACAGUCACUUCACGCACCAACAGUAGAGCUUGUGCCUGUAGGAAUAAAAGAAUUUGAUGAGACUGGCAUUGUCAGCGAAGAUGGAGUAAAGACCGAUUUUGACCUUAUCGUAUUGGCUACUGGCUUUCAAGUGGCGCAAUUCCUAGCACCGAUGGAGAUAUUUGGAGCAGAUGGGAAAAGCCUCAAGCAACAGUGGGACGAAAGCCGCGGAGCCCAAGCUUACAUGGGCUCUUUCGUCCAUAAUUUUCCAAACUUUGGAAUCCUCUUCGGACCAAACACAUUUCCAGCGCACAACUCUGCCCUUUUCGCAUGCGAGGUCCAGAUAGAAUACGUUGCAAAAACGCUCAUUGCACCGAUUUUAGACCGCCGUGCCAAGAUCAUUGAAGUCAAAUUAUCUGCAGAAGAACAAUGGGUUAAUUCGAUUCAAUGCCAGCUAAAAGGUACCGUGUUCUCUGCCGGAUGCACGAAUUGGUACAUCAACAGAUUCGGGCGCAACGUAGCGUCUUGGCCCAGUCAUGCAUCUACAUUCUGGAUGCAAGCAUACUUCCCAAACUACAAGGAUUUCUGUCUUAUCGAUGGAUCCCCUUUUUGGUACAUGAAUAGGCUCAGGCGCUUGCUUAGACCCCCGAAAAUAGCGUAUAUCAUUGCAGCUGCAUAUAUCAUACUGGUUGGAUAUCGGAGAACCUUCCCCACUCAGUGGGCAUACACUCGCCAGUUAUUGUUACGCAUAUUGCAGAAGAGUCUUAGAUCGUUUCCUAGGCGUCAUUGAGAGUUGUCUGAAGAAUGGCUGAAUGAGCCGAGGCAAUGGUUACAUUAGUUACAUUUUCUUCGGGAACACAGGCAGGAUCGCAUAUUCGGAAUUCCGGGGGCAUGAUGACUUUGGAAGAUUCGUUCUACCCCUCCUUUUGAACCUACUUGCAGGCUCUAGUUCUUAAUCACCCCCCUUUAACUACCCCUUGG